CAAAUGCAUUUGGAUAAAUAGAACUUGAUAUUAUUGUCUGGUGCUGGAUAUCGAAUCGAACAUUUUUAUUUGAACUGUGCUAUGAAGAAUGAAUUACAUUUGGAUAACAUUGCUGAUCGCCACAUUCAAACAUUACGCUGAGUCCCUUUCAUUGGUCGAUGAAAUUUCAAACGGAACCUUAUCACGACUACGAAGACAAGAACCCUGUCCGCUCAAUAGGUGGCCUUGCGGGGGAGGCAGCAAUCAAUGUAUAGACAACUACGAGGUUUGUGACGGAAGAAUUAAUUGCAGAAAUCGGGCUGAUGAAACGGCAGCAGUUUGCAGCAACAUACGUUGUCCAAGUUAUGCCCAUCGAUGCGCUUAUGGUGCAUGUGUGAGGAACGAUGUGCGCUGCAAUGGGGUGCAGGACUGUGCAGAUGGUUCGGACGAAACUUUACCCGAAUGCAAUAAUGCCAAUGUUCCGGGUGUGGUCAACACUCCUUCAUCAGGAUGCAAACGCAGUGAGUUUAGAUGUAAAAACGGUCAAUGCAUUUCUCGAACCAUGACAUGCGAUGGCAGUCCCGAUUGUACAGAUGCUUCCGAUGAAACUAGUGAAGAAUGUUCUUCAGCCCAGUGUUAUCCUUACGUCUACCGAUGUGAUUACGGUGCUUGUGUAUCAAUGGAAUCUAAAUGCAAUGGCAUCAGAGAAUGUUACGAUGGGUCAGAUGAAGAUCCGCGAAUUUGUGGAGGUUCACGUCCAGUUUACCAAACGACGUCAACUACUACUGCUCGGCCUACAUCUUCUGGUGGAGAUAACGGAGGAUGCACUGUUCCAGACACGGCAAACGUUAUUACUACGAAUGCUAAAACCGAUCAAGUAAUUUCAAGAAAUCAAAAAGUUUCAUUAUAUACUGUUGCUAAAUUUCGUUGUCGCGGAGAACUGGUCAAUGGUGGUGCAAGUAUGGCAACAUGCUAUGAAAAUGGUUGGGAUUCAUUGCCGGAGUGCACAAAGUCCUGCAAUCUGCAUGAUAGGUCUGAAACGUAUGAAUUGGAAUGCUAUUUAAAUGAGCGGAAAAUCAACUGCACCAAUAAUGUAGUGCCAGCUGGUACAAUCGUAAAGACGAAAUGUAUAGAUGGAUAUAAAGUUAAUGCACCAUACACUGAAAAGACCUGCUUGAGUAAUGGACACUUUGACAUAGCAAACUUUUAUCCUUGUGUUCCAAUCUGCGGUUUACCAAUUCCAAAAGGAGUACCAUAUAUUGUUAAUGGAUUUGUUUCCAAAACUGGUGAAUUUCCGUGGCAUGCAGCUAUUUACUGGAAGGAAAAUAAAUUAGAACAAAAACAAAUAUGUGGUGGAUCUAUUAUCAAUGCAGUUACGAUAUUAUCUGCGGCUCACUGUUUCUACAUUACUGAAGAUGGAAGAGAGACACAACUUUCAAAAGAAAAUUAUGCCGUAGGUGUUGGCAAAAUCAAUCGAUUCUAUAACGCCAAUGAACGGCAAGCACAAUUUAGUGAAAUCGCUCAAUUAAUUGUACACUCAAGUUAUCAAGGCGUGCUUCAGAAUUAUGCUCAUGACAUAGCUAUUUUAAAACUUGAAACACCCAUCAGGUUUAGUAUGUACGUUGCUCCUGUCUGCAUGGAUUGGGAUGUAUCCGCUUAUGAAGUUGCCGACGGUGAUAUGGGAAAGGUUGCUGGUUGGGGCUUGACUGAGGAGCACGGUGAACCAAGCGAAUGGUUGCAAUGGAUAACAUUGCCAAAAGUGUCAAAGGAAGAUUGCUUGAGGGAAUCACCACACGACUUCCAACCUUUUAUUGUCGAUGACAAAUUUUGCGCAGGAUAUUUAAAUGGUUCAAGUGUUUGUCGAGGCGAUAGUGGAGGCGGACUUAGUUUCCAGGUUCAGGAUAAAGGAAAACUUUACUACUUUUUAAAAGGAAUUGUUUCUGUAGGACCAAACUCUAAUGGUACUUGUAAUUCUCACAAGUAUACUGCAUUUACUAGUAUUAAGAAAAAUAUACCUUGGCUCAAGUCGCAGAAAGCGAACCUAGGAUUACAAUGA